GCUAUCAGAUCAGCGUUGCCGGAGUUUUGUACUCCCAAGAGCUGGUAAACGCAGAAAGUGGCGAAAUGUUGGAAAACGAGAAAUGCGCAGAAUGAAGGAGAAGUAGCAAAAACAGAAAACAAAUAACACAAAUCGCAACUCCAGAGAAAAAUAAAUUGAGUAACCGGUUGAACUAAAUAAAGGAACAGGCAUGGCCGCUGCCAAUGUUCCGCCAGCAGGUAAACUGCCGGCAACUGCGAAGCGAGUACAAAACAUUGGUGACCUGGCUCUGUGGCAAAGAUCGCGGGCCUACCAUGACCUGAUUGGAUACAUCAAUGGAACCAGUUCGGCGAUCCAGGGAAUCAAAACGACCGACGAAAUGUACGAGUCAGAAAUGCUCAAGAAGCUCUUGGGUCUCUUCGAAUCCUUGGAGUCGUUGGUCGAGCAAAAUCCGCCCCUGGAACAGCCGCAACGUUUUGGAAACAAGGCCUAUCGGGACUUUGCCCAGGCGAUGAGGGAGCAGGUCCCAGCCUGGCUGGACCAGCUACUGACUCCCGGAAAACAGCGGUAUCACAGCGAACUGGUGCAGUACCUGCUGGAGUCGUUUGGAAAUGCCACCCGCAUAGACUAUGGCACUGGGCACGAGCUCUCCUUCAUGUUUUUCCUCUGCUCCCUCUUCAAGGCGGAGAUUCUGCAGGAACAGGACAUUGUCAGUGCCGCCCUGAGGCUCUUCAAUCGGUACUUGGACUUUGCCAGGCAGCUGCAGCGAACAUACAACAUGGAACCAGCCGGAAGCCAAGGAGUUUGGUCACUGGACGACUUUCAGUUUGUGCCCUUUAUUUGGGGCAGUGCGCAGCUAGCUGUUAACAGCCCCUUCGAUCCUUCCAAAUUCGUGGACGAGCAAGUCAUCAGCGACUACAAGGAUCAAUUCAUGUUCAUUGGCUGCAUCGACUACAUUUGCAAGGUAAAGACGGGACACUUUGGCGAGCACUCCAACCAGCUGUGGAGCAUCACCGACGUGCCGUCCUGGGUGAAGAUCAAUGCGGGUCUGGUCAAAAUGUACCAGAAGGAGAUCCUGUCCAAGUUUCCAGUCAUCCAGCACGUUUACUUCGGUGAGCUAAUGUCCUUCGAGACUGUUUCCCCGGGCACAACCAUUUCGAAUGUCCGGCUGGGGCAAUUGGCGCCACCGCCCUCGAAGCGCAUCUGUAUCGGAGCACCUGGCUUGCUGCCGCCCGUUCCGGCCACCGUUACUGCUCCUCCGCCCGCUGAAGCUCUGAUCAGUGACCUCAACGUGGGCGACUCCAGCAGUGAGAGCAGCGACAGCAGCGUUGUCCUGCGGGCCUCAACCUCGUCGGCCUCUCUGGUGGCAGAGGGGUCGGGGGACAAGUCGCACAAGCCAGCGGCUGCAGGAGAAGCCGCAAAGGAUCAGGCGGCUGAAUAGUUUUGGCGAUGGCGUCGAUUACCUGUGUUACAAAUUUCCUAAUAAUAGCGUUGACACUCAGUCCAGUAAAAGUGGUUUGCAUAAGAA